CGACCCCCUCUCUCUCUCUCUCUCUCUCUCUCUCUCUCGCCCCCAAUAUCUCUCUUUCCGCCACCAAAAGCUCGUAUCUUUCUCGGACAUGGCAGAAUCCAAGACCACCGUGGAAUCUAUAAGGCAUUGGGUGGUCGAACACAAGCUCAGGACCGUGGGGUGUCUAUGGCUUAGCGGUAUCGCGGGUUCGAUCGCAUACAACUGGUCUCAGCCCUCCAUGAAGACCAGCGUCAAGAUCAUUCAUGCUCGGUUGCACGCCCAAGCAUUGACGCUGGCUGCUUUAGCUGGUGCUGCAGCAGUCGAGUACUACGAGCACAAAUCAGGAGCAAAGACCGAAGACCGUCGCGCGAAGUAUCUUCCCAUGCAAUCCUUCUCGCAUAAGGAUUAGAAUGGACCGCGCGCAGCAACUCUUUUGCCUACAGCAUGAGACGCAAUCAGCAAUAAAAUCCCUGCGGACAGAAUAAUUUGACCCCAAUACAGAGUUUUGUUUUUGUGAUUUAGACUCGUUUGUCGUAGACUUGGAGACAAGCGGCCACAGGAAUUAUUUGGAAUGUCAUUCUUUUUGGACAGAUACUGAUCAAUAUAGCUGCUCUCUUUCUGGA